GCCGAAAUUUAAAAGAAGGACGGGUCGAAGAAUACGAAAGGGUCAAGUUAGCUCUAAUAUUUCGGAAGAUUACUUUUUCGGGCUGCUAGUUGAAGUUCGUGAAAUGGCCAUCGACAAACUGAAAGAAGAGGCGAUAUUGGAAUGGGUCAACAGCAUGAAGUUGGAUCUGCCGGUUUUCAGGAUUAUCGAUUUACAAGACGGACUUUUACUGAUGAGAAUUGUGCAUAAAUUAAAGAAAGAAGAACCCCCGGAGAAGAUUCUGGAGCUGCCUGAAGACAGGUUCCAGUUCAUCGCUGACUUCUUGCAAAGAGAAUGCAGAUACCUUGCAAGCCAGGGAACUCUGGUCAACUGGGACAACCUUGUACAUGGAAUAAACCUUGAGGUGGAGCUGUCAAAGGUUGUUUUGUUGCUGCUGUUCCAGGCUUCUAUGAAAGGCUCUCAAAGUCUCAAUGCUCUGGAGUAUAGAAUUGAGCUUGAACUCGCAUCCAUGCUUCGCUUUGUAAUGGAUAGUGAGAAUGAAAUCAGCAUAAGCAAUUGCCUGGAAAAAUACCUGAAAAAGGAAUCGGUGGUGUCCAUGCUUGUGAGUAGUGACAGUUCCACUGCCUCCUUCACAGACGACGAGUCCCCUGUCUUCCAGCGCUCUCAGAGGGUGCAGUUCCUGGAGCUCAACACUGUCGCCACCUCUUCUGUGAGCUCUCCUCUGCAAGACAUCAUGAGAACUCCUCAGUUCCAGCGGAGGAUGCGGCUGAAGGAGCUGGCCCAAGAGAGAGAGAUGAGGGACGAGUUGGAAAGAGAGCUGACCAACAGCAAAGCCACGAUCCAACAGAGAGAGACUCAGAUCCACCAGCUGCAGCACCGUUUGGAGAGACUGCAAAGGGAGCAAGCAGAGCUGGAGGAGGGUCCCAGAGCAGAGCUGGAGGAACUGAACACUAAGAACCAGCGGCUGCAGUCUCGUCUCCACGAGGUUCUGAAACAGCACCAAGAUCUGAAGACCACCUCCUCUCACAUGGAACGCAAGGUGGACGAGCUCACAGAGGAGAACGGGACUCUCUCUGACCAGGUGGUAGAGGUGUGUUCUCGGCUGGUCAGAGCCGAGACUGAGGUGGAGAGGCUGACUGAGACACAGACAUCAGCUCAGGAGAAAUGGAGCAGCAAAAACGAACAGCUUUCGGCAGAACUCAGACAUGCGACUGCAGAAAAGGAGUGUUUAAAUGAAAAACUUGAGAUCCUUCAAAGUAAGAUCCAGUCUCUGGAAGAUGAGCUCAGUCGAACCUUGGCCCAGGAGAAAGGGGAGAGCAUGGGACCCAUCAUGGAGUGGGAGCAGCUGAGACAGGAGCUGGUUGCUGCCAUGCUCAGACACACUGAGCUGGAGGUCACCAUCUCCAGUCUGGAGGGGCAGAUCCAACAGACCAAGGCCCAGCAUGCAGAGGAGAAGGCCCAGCUUCAGUCAGAGAGCCAGCUUCUCCAGGAGGUUGUGUCUGACCUCCAGGGGACCCUGAGUGCUCUCAAGGCUGAAAAAGAAGCUCUUCAACUGGCCUUGAAGGAACAGAGCGACUCUCUUAACACCCACCUCCAGAGCCUGAGCAAAGAGUUGGACCGCCUUACCACUGCCAUUCAGCAGAAGGAAAAGGAGGUGCAGGCACUAAGAGAAGAGGUUCAGGAGGAGAGGAGGAAGGGAGGGGAGCUGAGUGUAGCCUUUGAUAAACAGGGGAGCGAGGCCAGGGAAGAGAUUCAGGGUUUGAAGGUCCAGGUGGAGACCAUGGAAACAUCUCUCAAGGGGGCCGAGAAUGAGAUCCAGGCCAGGGAAGGGCAACUGGUGAGGUUUCAAAAUGAGAGCUCGGCACAGAAAGAGCAGCUGCGAGAGGAGAUCCAGAGUCUGAGGGUUCACAUGCACAGCAUGGAGGAGUCCCUGAGGAAAGCCGAACAGGACAUGAGGGCUAAGGAGGAGCAGCUCACAAGCUACCAGCAAGAGAACACCAAACAAGCGGACAUGCUGCAGGAAUGUGUGGCCGCUACCAAGGAGGAGGUUGAAAGACUAAAGGAAGCACAGAGUGAAAAGGAGGUUCUCCUCCUUCAGGCCACAGAGAAGAUGGAAACCCUCCAGGCAGAGAUCUCUACCGUCUCGUCCCUCUCUGCAGAUAAAGACCUGCAGCUCAGCAGCCUGAGAGAGGAAGUAGCAAACCAGAGCAACUCACUGAGGAGCGCUGAGCAGGAGGUGCAGGCCAAGAAGGAGCUGCUUGCCAAGUUGCAGGAGGAGAACAUCCAACAGAAGGAGGUGCUGCAACAGGAGAUCCAGUGCCUGAAGGUCCAGAUGGAGAGCAUGGGUGACUCCCUUAAGAGGGCUGAGGAGGAGAUCCAGACCAAGGAGGAGCAGCUGGCUAGGAUCCAGGAGGAGAUUGUCCACCAGAAAGAGGAGUUCCAGGAUCAUGUGGCUUCCAAUGAAAAGGAAGUGCAGAGCAUAAAGGAGGAGGUGCAGGCAAAGGAAGAACAGCUGGAAGCAUUGAAAAUGGAGAUCUGUUCCCAGAAAGGCAUGCUGCAGGAGGAGAUCCACAGUCUGAAGACACAGAUGGAGGACAUGGUAACUUCUCUCAGUAAGGCUGAAGAGGACAUCCACGCCAAAAAGGAGCAGCUGGCCAAGAAGGAGCAGGAGCAUAUCCAACAAAAGGAGGUGCUACAGAGCCAUGUGGCUGCCACAGAGGAUGAGGUGAGAGAACUGAAGCUGGCUCAGAGUGAGAAGGAGGUUCUCCUCCUCCAGGUCACAGAGAAGAUGGAGUCCCUCCAGGCAGAGAUCUCUACCGUCUCGUCCCUCUCUGCAGAUAAAGACCUGCAGCUCAGCAGCCUGAGAGAGGAAGUAGCAAACCAGAGCAACUCACUGAGGAGUGCUGAGCAGGAGGUGCAGGCCAAGGAGGAGCUGCUUGCCAAGCUGCAGGAGGAGAACAUCCAACAGAAGGAGGUGCUGCAACAGGAGAUCCAGUGCCUGAAGGUCCAGAUGGAGAGCAUGGGUGACUCCCUUAGGAGGGCUGAAGAGGAGAUCCAGACCAAGGAGCAGCAGCUGGCUAGGAGCCAGGAGGAGAGUGCCCAUGAGGUGGAGGCUCUCCAGGGGGUGAUCCAGGGUCUGAAAUGCCAGGUGGACAGUGUGGAGGCUUCGCUGACAAAGGCCGAUGAUGAGCUGAAGCAAAGAGAAGAACUGCUGGCUAGGUUGCAGAACGACAGUGCCCGUCAGGAAGAGCUGCUUCAGGCAGAGAUUCAGAGCCUGACUGUACAGGUUGGCAGCACGAGUGCCUCUCUUCAGAAAGCCUUGGAGGACACCAAGGCUAAAGAGGAGCAGCUCGCUAUGCAACAGCAAGAGAGCACCCAGCUAAAGGAGGCAUUGCAGGAGAAGCUGUCCAUGUCUGAUGAGGAAGUGCAUAGGCUGAAACAGGAAGUCCAGACCAAGGAGGAGCUUCUAGAAAUACUGAAAAACGACAGCUCGGCUCAGAGUGUGCUGCAAGAGGAGAUCCUGGCUGUCAAAGAACAAAUUGGGAACCUGAAUGCCACUUUGAGAAAGGCUGAGGUGGAGAUUAGCACCAAAGAGGAACAGCUGGCCAAGACCAAACAGGAUGGUGCCCAACAGGUGGAGAUGCUGCAAAACCUCUUGUCUGCUACUGAGGGAGAUGUGGGAAGGUGGAAGCUGGCUCAGAGUGAGAAGGAGGUUCUCCUCCUCCAGGCCACAGAGAAGAUGGAGUCCCUCCAGGCAGAGAUCUCUACCGUCUCGUCCCUCUCUGCAGAUAAAGACCUGCAGCUCAGCAGCCUGAGAGAGGAAGUAGCAAACCAGAGCAACUCACUGAGGAGCGCUCAGCAGGAGGUGCAGGCCAAGGAGGAGCUGCUUGCCAAGUUGCAGGAGGAGAACAUCCAACAGAAGGAGUUGCUGCAACAGGAGAUCCAGUGCCUGAAGGUCCAGAUGGAGAGCAUGGGUGACUCCCUUAAGAGGGCUGAAGAGGAGAUCCAGACCAAGGAGCAGCAGAUGGCUAGCAGCCAGGAGGACAUUGUCCAUCAGAAAGAGGAGUUUCAGGAUCAUGUGGCUUCCAAUGAAAAGGAAGUGCAGAGCAUAAAGGAGGAGGUGCAGGCUAAGGAAGAACAGUUGGAAGCAUUGAAAAUGGAGAUCUGUUCCCAGAAAGGCAUGCUGCAGGAGGAGAUCCACAGUCUGAAGACACAGAUGGAGGACAUGGUAACUUCUCUCAGUAAGGCUGAAGAGGACAUCCACGCCAAAAAGGAGCAGCUGGCCAAGAAGGAGCAGGAGCAUAUCCAACAAAAGGAGGUGCUACAGAGCCAUGUGGCUGCCACAGAGGAUGAGGUGAGAGAACUGAAGCUGGUUCAGAGUGAGAAGGAGGUUCUCCUCCUCCAGGUCACAGAGAAGAUGGAGUCCCUCCAGGCAGAGAUCUCUACCGUCUCGUCCCUCUCUGCAGAUAAAGACCUGCAGCUCAGCAGCCUGAGAGAGGAAGUAGCAAACCAGAGCAACUCACUGAGGAGUGCUGAGCAGGAAGGGCAGGCCAAGGAGGAGCUGCUUGCCAAGCUGCAGGAGGAGAACAUCCAACAGAAGGAGUUGCUGCAACAGGAGAUCCAGUGCCUGAAGGUCCAGAUGGAGAGCAUGGGUGACUCCCUUAGGAGGGCUGAGGAGGAGAUCCAGGCCAAGGAGGAGCUGCUUGCCAAGCUGCAGGAGGAGAACAUCCAACAGAAGGAGAUGCUGAAAGACCAUGUGUCGGCUUCUGAGGAGGAGAUCAAGAAUCUGAGGAUUGAUGUCCGGGCCAAGGAGGAGCUGCUGGACAGCUGGCAGAAGGAGAAAGCUCAACAGCAAGUCAAGAUCGAGGGCCUGAAGGUUGACAUGGAGAGUAUGGACAACUCCAUCAGGAAGGCCAAUCAGGAGAUCCAAGCUAAGCAAGAGGAACUUUCCAAGCAAAACCAAUUUGACACCCAACAGAGGGAGGUCUUGCAGGAGAAGUUAUCUGCCUCUGAGGAGGAGGUGAGGAGGCUGAAAGAGGACAUUCAAACCAAAGAGGAGCUACUGGCCAGGCAGCAGCAUGAGGUGCUGCAGCAGGAGUUGGCAACCAAGGAGGUGAACCUCAGGGAAAAAGACGUAUUCCUUCACGAGAAGGAAGCGCUGGAAACCAGGGUCCUCCAGGCUGAAGGGGUUCAGAAGGAGCUGGAGAGGCAGCUUGAGUUGCUGCGCCUGGAGAAGGAGAUCUUGGCUGCAGCCAAACGGACUAUGGAGAGGAAGGGUCAAGCUUCCCAUACGCUGGAGGAGGUACUGCAGCAGGAGAUGGCUUCUCUACGGUCGGAGAGGGAUAGACUCAUGGAGAUGCAGAUGCAGUCUGAGGAGAGGGAGAAGCUGACAAGAGACAUGCAGGAGCAACUCUCCGCAAAGACCGAGGCGGUUGAACAUUACAAAUCACAGGUGGAGAAGGCCAAGGCUCACUACGAUGGGAAGAAGCUUCAGCUGCAGGAGAGCCAGGGCCAAGUGCAGGAACUCCAGCGCUGCCUGGAGAUCAAGGAGCUCGAGUUCAAGGCCGUCUCUCAGGAAAUGAUACUGCUGAAUAUGGACCUGGAUAAGGUUCGGAGCAAUGAAAAGCUGCUCAGUAAUCAAGUCGCCAGUCUGGGGGCACAGCUGGCAUUUGCAGACCGUAACUUGCGUGAGCAGGGCAGGUAUCGGGGGGGUCUGGAGAGCAAGGAGGCGGAGCCCCAGAAGAUCCACACGCAACAAGACAAAAGCAACGACAGUCUCGAUUACAGCUUGGAUGACUCGCUUAACACCACACGGAAACCAUCGUUUCCGGAGGAGUCCAGCACACCCAUGGUCCGUAGCUCUGAGCGCCUGGCCUCGAAGCGCCGAGCUCUGCAAGGGGAAUCCCUGGAGACCCUCUACUUCACCCCCAUGAACACCCGCCAGCAAAACAGGACCAGUACGGACAGGAGGCUUGAGGGCAGCAUCACCUCUCUAGCGGAGCUGGCUCUGGAUUCAGCCCGUAAACCCCCCACCUCCUCAGCCAGACGCCGUAGAACCACCCAGGUUAUUAACAUCACCAUGAGCAAGAAAACUCCAGGCCGUGGCGAAGAAGUGACCGACGAAGACAACGGGAUGUACUUCACCCUGCCGGCUGCUCGCUCCCAUCCCAACCUGACGCACUCGCAGGCCUCUCGCCCUGUCUCCGUGGAGAUCUUCAGCACGCCAGGGAAAGCGGUGUUCGGCUCCAGCGACCAGCUCCUGAGCCUUCCAGGAUACAGGCGAAGCACUGCCCACAGCAUGCCCCCGCCACGGAGCACCAGCACGUUCUGUGUCGGGGCAGAUAAUGAGCCUGAGCAGGCGGGUGAUGACUGGAUGCGGAUUGCGGAGCUGCAGGCCAGAAACAAGGCCUGUCUGCCCCAUCUUAAGAGCAGCUACCCCCUGGAGGUCAAGCCUGUCGCCACUCCAGCGUUCACCCUCACGGAUGACGACAUGCGCAUGGGUGACCCCACAGAGACCAUCCGCAGGGCUUCCAUGAUGCCCGGACAGAUCCUGGACUCCCUCUCCUCGCACCGCCUCUCCAUGAUGCCCGGACAGAUCGGGGCGGGCGUCAGCUCUCACCGGCUCUAUCUGGCGCCCAAAGCCAGUGAAUCCCACAUCAGCCGAGCCAAUGGCAAACGAUCGGCUGACCAGCUACAGACCCUCUCGCCGCAGUCUAAACGCCAGGCCAGCUGUUUCCCUCGUCCCUUGACUCCUAAAGAUAAAAACCGGGUGGUGUCCUCCAGCACCCUCAAAAGCCAGCCGCUCAGUCCGGCUAACAGGAGACAGUCAACAAUGUUUACCAUCGAGAACACGCCACAGAAGGCCUCCAAGAACCUCCUGCAGCGAGGCAUGAACAAGCUGCGGAGCUCGACCAGAAAGUCUCCAGGGAACUCCUCCAGAAAGUCUCCUGGAAAGUCCUCCAGGAAGUCUCCAGCACAAGUUGCUCGUAGGUCCCCAAGGAAGCAGGUGGGGGUGCCCCGGGUCAGAACAACCAGACCCGCUGUCCAGUCUCCUCAGGUGGGAGCUGGGGAGAAAAGGAGAUCUCCUCGCACCAGCAGGAACACGGACCCUAGUCUAACCUCUAGCGCUCGCAAGGUAAGCCAACACACACACAUGCAAGUAACUGACAAGGAAUCCUAGAUGGAGAGAACACCAUAUCAGAGCUAUCUCGACUCUUAACUCCUGAGUUAUAUUAUGUGUGUGUGUGUGUAUUCAGGACCUUGCUGUUUCCGGAGCAUCUGGUCAUUAAAGGUCUUGUCAUCUUAUUCAAACAGAUUUUGGUCUUCAGGGUCUCUCGCUUUACACACCAUUUGUUGUUUACCUUAUGAUUGAGACAACCAUGAUAGAAGUCUCUUUUUAUUUAUGUAUUGAACUGCACUUUUCCAUUUAUAUCUAGUGGUGUGCAUGCAUGUGAUGUAUUUGUGUAUGUUAAUAUCAUACUAUACAGCACAAUGUAUGUGGUGUCUUUCCCCAGAAGUGGGGCUGAUGUAGUGGACUGUUUGUCUGGUGAAUCACUGAUCUCCUGUGUUUCUCCUUUAGAUGAUGAACUUCAGGAUGAAGGUGUGAAGAACUAUCACUGAUACUGCACAUUAUACUACUAUGUGCACAUUAUACUACUAUGUGUACAUGGUAUAUACUUUAUAUACAAUCCACAUGAUUUUAUUUUAAGAAUCCAAUCUCAUUUCUCAUUAUGUGCAAUUUGGAUACAGUGAUUUGCAUAUUGCAUACUUUAUUGCAUACUUUUUUUGUAAAAGGUUUGUCUAAAAGGCUUCAUGUCUCUUGGUAUGUUUAAUUAUAGUUCAAUCGCACUUAUAGACAUCUACAUCACAUAUGUAGAAUUACUUUAUGUUAUGGUUUAAGGAGCAAUAGGUUGGGUCUCAGUAAGACAUAAAUGCUGCCAAUUUCAUUUUUAUCAUGGAUGUUUUAUUGGUCCAUUUUCUUCUUGUACACAUUUGACUUAUUUUUCCUCUUUCUUUCCUUUUUUAAAACUUAUUAUUAUUAGUAAGUUGUAUUCGUAUUAUUCUCAUUUUAAUUUCUUGAUUAUGUAAUAUAUACAUGUUCUUACUGGGCUUUAAAUUAAAAAAUAAAUGAAAUG